UCGACGGGUGUCCGCGAGGCAGCAGCAUGAUGAUGAUGAUGAUGAUGAAAGAGGAGCCCAACGGCGCGGGACUGGAGCUCAAGCAGGGCGUCCGGAACGCGGCCUUCCAAGACGAUGAGGCCGUCCAGGUGGAGCCCACGGAGCGCGGCGACUCGGGGGACCCCGGGGAAAGCGAGUACACGCAGGUGAAGCCGUACCCGGGUAUGCCCAAGGAGGUCCUUCUGCUGUACUCGUGCCAGGCGCGCUACCGCGUCCCCCGCGAGAUCCUCUUCUGGCUCAUUGUGGCGCUCACGCUGGCGCUGAUCGCCGUCACCGUGGCCGUGAUCGCGCUGUCGCCGCGCUGCCUCAGCUGGUGGCAGUCGUCCCCGGUGUACCAGGUGUACCCGCGCUCCUUCAUGGACUCGGACGGCGACGGCGUCGGGGACCUCAGAGGUAUCAUGCAGAAACUAGACCACUUUGAGUACCUGAACAUUAAAGCCGUCUGGAUCAGCCCCUUCUACAAAUCGCCCAUGAAGGAUUUUGGGUACGAUGUGCAGGACUUCAGGGAUGUGGACCCUCUCUUCGGGACUUUACAGGACUUUGACGAUCUCCUUGCGGCCAUGCACGACAAAGGGUUAAAAAUGAUUAUGGACUACAUCCCCAACCACACCAGUGACAAGCACGUCUGGUUCCAGCUCAGUCGAAAUCGAACAAAGAACUACGAAGACUACUACGUUUGGGUGAACUGCACCCAAACAGAACCACCUAAUAACUGGGUGAGCAUAUUUGGGAACUCCUCUUGGACCUUUGAUGAGGUGCGGGGCCAGUGUUACCUGCACCAGUUCCUCAAGGAGCAGCCUGACCUGAACUUCCGUAAUCCCCUUGUGGUCAACGAAAUGCUAGAAGUCCUCCGAUUCUGGUUGGAGAAGGGUGUGGAUGGGUUUCGCAUGGAUGCCGUGAAGCACAUGCUGGAGGCGUUGCACUUGAGGAAUGAACCCCAGGUUGACCCUAACCAGCCCCCUGAGACUGUGGACACAGAGUUUGAACUUUACCACGACUACACCACCUCGCAGCCUGGCCUCCACGACAUCAUACGGAGUUGGAGAGUGGAAAUGGACAAGUACAGUACGGAGCCGGGGCGCUAUAGGUUCCUGGUGACAGAAUCCUAUGAUUAUGAGGAAAUUUACAAGACGAUGAUGUACUAUGGCACUCCGUUCAUCAAGGAAAGUGAUUUUCCCUUCAACUUCUACCUCCUUUACCUGCCUGACAACCUGUCUGGACAAGGAGCCUUUGACCUGGUUGACCUCUGGAUGUCCAACAUGCCUGAAGGACAAUGGCCAAACUGGGUGGUGGGCAACCAUGACAAGCCACGCAUCUCCUCCAGCGCAGGCCUGGAGUACAUGCGUGUCAUCAACAUGUUGCUCCUCACGCUUCCUGGCACACCCACAACAUAUUACGGCGAAGAGAUCGGCAUGGAGAAUGUGAACGUGACAGACAUACAAGACCCCUUUGGCAAAUUCAACCCAAAUAACUCGCGGGACCCCCAGAGAUCACCCAUGCAGUGGAGCCCGGAGGAGAAUGCUGGCUUCAGCAUCAAUAAGACUUGGCUUCCAGUGCAUCCUGACUACAAGACUGUAAAUGUGGAGGUCCAAAAGAAUGACAGUCGAUCAAUUCUGCAGCAGUACCGGGCCCUGAGCCAACUUCGAGAGGCAGAGCUCCCUCUACAGCGAGGCUGGAUGUGCUACGUGUGGAGCGAUGCUAAUGUCUUUGCCUUUUUGCGUGAGAUGGAUGGCUUUCCACAAGCUUUCCUCAUGGUGCUCAACUUUGGAGCCAAUGCAGUCACGGAUCUCUCCGCUGUGCCCGAGCUACCGGAGGAGCUGACUGUGCGGCUGAACACACACUCCAGACAACCAGGGACGCGAAUCCGAAAGUCCACGAUCAAUACGGAGAGUGGGGAGGGGCUGGUGCUGGAGUACUCAUCCCAGAAGAGGUUUUAUCCUGGCAACGUCUCAAAGUGCUAUGUUUCAGAGAAAGCAUGCUAUCUGAGUGCACUGAAUCUCCUGUACAAAUGCUGAGCAGAGCAACAUAGAGGGGAAUGUGAGGACCGGGGGAAACUAAAAAAA